GACAACACCUGCAGCCAGACCGAGCUCAAAAGCCACCGCUCCUCCGCGCCUCCAUUGUUCCCUCGGCAGAGACAGAGUCAAAGACAGCAGGAAUUCCACCGACCGAUCCAUGGCGGCCCGGUACGUGGAGAUGCUGGACAUGGGCGUGCGCAUCGCCGCCAGGUUCCACUCCCACUGCCCGCAGACCGCCCGCAUGUACUACAAGCCGCCGCAGUCAACCUCCUCCUCUUCCUCGUCCGCCGCUGGCGCCUCCACGGAUCGGAAGGCCGCCGGCUUCGACCACGAGGCUGCGGCGGCUGCUGCGUUCCGGCCCUUUGCCGCGACGACAUCCUCAGCGGGGUUCGGCUCCGGCGUUCAGCCAGGUUUCUGUUUCGACACCGCGCAGGUGCUCAUCUACGAGGUCGUAUGAGGAAUUUAAGACUCUCGGACCAACGACGGCUAGCACGAGUACUUCUUCGGGAGAGACCUCGAUCUGGGAUGAGGAAUUUUGUUUAGCUUAGUCUGUAGCACCAUUCUUUAAUUCUACUAUGUCCU